GGCCCAUACAGGUCGUCGCCAUACUCGUUGAGCAGGCUGUAGGCUUCCUCCACGCACUUGCGCUCGUUCAUGUUGCAGGAAAGCUUGGGUGCUAAAAGGUCCAACCAAACUGAUGCUGUCUCUUGUCACAAUGAAGAUAUUGCUUCGUUCCAAGUGUUGUCAGCGCCCAACAGUUCCUGGUCCUGUUAGAGUGUUGCAUAAAGGUUAUAGAACAGUGACUCCUCAGAAUUUCUCCAACUAUGAGUCCAUGAAAAAGGACUUCAAACUGGAGAUUCCAGAGUAUUUCAACUUUGCUAAAGACGUCUUGGACCAGUGGACCAGCAUGGAAAAGGCUGGAAAGAGACCCUCCAAUUCAGCCUUCUGGUGGAUAAAUGGAAAAGGAGAAGAAGUGAGAUGGAGUUUUGAGGAACUGGGAUCUUUGUCCAAGAAAUUUGCCAAUAUACUUACAGAAGCCUGUGCCCUGCAAAGGGGAGAUCGAGUCAUUGUCAUUCUGCCCAGGAUCCCAGAGUGGUGGCUCGCAAAUAUAGCCUGCUUGCGAACAGGUGCAGUUUUCAUUCCAGGGACCACUCAGCUGACCCAGAACGACAUUCUCUACAGACUGCAGUCUUCAAAAGCCAAGUGCAUUGUCACCCAUGAUGCUGUCGCCCCAGCAGUAGAUGCGGUGGCAUCUCAGUGUGAAAAUCUGCGCUCCAAGCUCAUUGUGUCUCAGAACCCCCGAGAGGGGUGGGGGGACCUCAAGGAGAUGAUGAAGUGUGCCACUGACAACCACACGUGUGUGGAGACAAGACACGAUGAGACCAUGGCCAUUUACUUCACCAGCGGCACGAGCGGAUCUCCCAAAAUGACUGCACACACCCACAGCAGUUACGGUUUAGGAUUGUCUGUAAACGGAAGGUUCUGGCUGGAUUUGACACCUUUGGACGUGAUGUGGAACACCUCCGACACAGGCUGGGCCAAGUCUGCAUGGAGCAGCGUGUUUUCGCCAUGGAUCCAGGGAGCGUGUGUAUUUGCACAUCAUUUGCCGCAGUUUGAGCCAACUUCCAUCUUGCAAACGCUCUCCAAGUUUCCCAUCACAGUCUUCUGUUCAGUGCCAACUGUAUACCGAAUGCUUGUGCAAAAUGAUGUGACCAGCUUUAAGUUCAAAAGCUUAAAGCACUGUGUGAGCGCAGGGGAACCCAUCAGCCCUGAAGUGACUGAGCAGUGGAGAAGCAGGACAGGGCUGGAGAUCUACGAAGGAUAUGGGCAGACUGAGACGGUGCUGAUCUGUGGACAUUUUAAGGGAAUGAAAAUUAAGCCUGGCUCAAUGGGAAAGCCUUCGCCUGCUUUUGACGUUAAGAUUUUAGAUGCAAAUGGCAAUGUUCUACCUCCUGGACAAGAAGGAGACAUUGGCUUUCAAGUUGUACCUAAGCGACCACUUGGCCUUUUCACUCAUUACGUAGAUAAUCCUACAAAAACAGCUUCAACUCUCCGAGGCAACAACUACAUCACUGGGGACAGAGGCUAUAUGGAUGAAGAUGGAUAUUUCUGGUUUGUUGGGAGAUCGGAUGAUGUCAUAUUAUCCUCCGGUUACCGAAUUGGACCGUUUGAGGUGGAGAGUGCCCUGGCGGAGCAUCCUGCGGUGGCGGAGUCGGCUGCUGUCAGCAGCCCAGACCCCAUCAGAGGAGAAGUAGUAAAGGCUUUUAUUGUUCUGAACCCCAAUUACAAGUCACAUGACCAAGAACAACUGAAAAAAGAGAUUCAGGAACAUGUAAAAAAAACUACAGCACCUUACAAAUACCCCAGAAAGGUAGAAUUUGUUCAAGAGCUGCCAAAGACUAUCAGUGGGAAGAUAAAAAGAAAUGAACUGAGGAAGAAAGAAUGGGAAUCUAUUUAAAUCCAUUCCAUUAAUUAUCAUAGCACCCAUAAAACAAAGACUGUAAAAACCACCAGAUUAUGAAGAGGUGAUAAAAAUAUGAUGCUUAUAAACUACUGAUUUGAAAUACCUUGUGGUUAUAAGAGGCUGAAUUUUGAAAUAAAAAAGUAAAUUCCUGCCCUAGCCAGUUUGGCUAAGUGGAUAGAGCAUCGGCCUGUGG